AGUUGCAACUUGCCUGGCUGGAAGUUUUUUUAGUUGUUUUUCUGUUAAAUCUCUUGAAAAAGCAUUACCAACAUUUUCUUAUAUUUCAAGCGUAUUGAAUCUACAGUGCUUAGUUUUAAAUAGGCAAAACAUUAAAGUUUAGCCAAGUGAAUUGAGGCCCAAUUGAACUGGCUAACCGGAAUUUGCCUGCCAUGCCUGAAAGAUCCAAAGGUGACGUGUCGUCAUCGAAUGCAACGCGAGUGGUUAAAAAUCCUUUGCUAAGUGCUUCGGUGACUGGUUUAAGCUUUGAUGAUUUUCCCAAUAAACCGCAAUUGUUGCCUGCUGCGCCGCCCGUGGUGCAUGCCCCGCCCCCAGCACCCACCCCCGUACUAAUGGCUGGCAUUCUGAAUCGGGAACCCAAGACAUUGGUAACUGUCGGUCAACCCUCGGGCAUUGAUGACACUGAAAGCCUAGACGAGAUCAAUUUAAACUCGAGCAGUGAGGAUUUCAAUCAACCUCGUGCAGCAGCCGAUGCCAAUGCUAAUCCAUUGUUAGAGCCGCCACCAUUGGGAGCAGAUUCUUUGCUAAGUCAGGCAGCCUCAUCAUUUACGGCUCUGCCGUCGGUGGCCUCUAACGUUUUUUCCACAUUCUCGAAGAGAAUCUAUGCCGGUGGCUCCAGAGAAGCUGAACCGUCAACUGAGCCACAAUUGGAUAUACAACCAUCUUAUUUGCAUCAAGCGCCCGUAGCAGCUGCUCCACCAGCACCAGCUCCAUUUUACGCAGUUCCGCCUGCUGCGGUAGGUGAACCAGUGGGUGAACCUCCCAAAUUCUAUGCACCCACUGAAGUGCCAAGCGUGAAUUCAGCUCCACCGCCAGCGGCAGCAGUUGCAGGCAGUCAGAAUACUUAUCGAUUCACUGCUAGAAAGAAGCUAUAUGCACCCAUACCAGGAUUAUCGGAUCAAUCGGCGGCAAUACCAGGAUUACCUCAGCAAUCGCAACCACCUCCACCAGCACCAGUCACUGGUUUAAUUCAGACGCCACCAUAUCCACCAGCACCUAGCAUCCAACAAACAUCAGCAUCAUCAAUUGCGGCGCCCUUUGAUAUAACAACUGCUGCUCCCUUUGAUAUAACAACUGCUGCUCCGGCAACCAAUCUUCCCGAAGAACGUAAAUCAGGCGGUGGACUCUUCUCUCUUACGAAUUUGGUACCCACAGGAGUUUUACAGAACAUCACUGGACUCGUGCAGUCGGCAACGGGCAGAGGCAACGAACCACCAGUACAUAAUCCAACUGUAAGUGGAGGAUACUUUGAACCACAACCCGUUCCCGCGAAUUUCUUUGGUGGCCCUAAUCCGCCUCCACCUGCGGGUAAUUACUUUGUACCCCCAACGUCGGGCGAUUUUGCAAUCCAACCAACAGUUUCUGGACCGCCAACGGCCUUUGGGAAUUCAAAUCUCAAUUCCUCAACCGGAAAUUACUUUGUCCCUCAAGUUUCGGGACCUCCAGCAGGAAACACAGUUCCCUUGCCGCCACAAGAAAGCUUUAAGCCAAUUCCUCCGCCUGUGGGAAAUUACUUUGUGCCAGAUCCAGUUGCAGCAGUUCCUCUGCCACCCAUAGCAGCUGCGCAACCCAUUCCUCAGCCAAGCAAUUUCUUUGUACCUACUCCAACUAACACAGAAGAAACACUUCAAGCAGUGUCCAGAUCAGACACAGUACCAUUGCCACCACUUGGAAUACCGACUCCAACUUCAUCGGCAAGCAACCUCUUAACGGGAACUGGAGACGGAGUAACAGCCGAGGCAAACUUUAUUGCGCCCACUUCUGCUGCUCCGCCAGAAUUUUCCACAUCGGCAGCAGUUCCUCCACCAAUAGGAGGACCAAUUCCCACGCCACUGGUGGGCAACUUCUUUGCACCCACUUCAGCUUCGUCUGAAGGUAACUUCUUUACGCCAACCGCAGUUCCAGCAGCCGCUGCAGUUCCUCCACCUAUUGGAGGUCCGAUACCCACUCCACCGGCAGGCAAUUACUUUGUGCCCACUUCAGCUGCUCUUCCAGAACAACCUGCGGCAAAUUCCCAACCAAUUUCAUCAGCGGCAAGCUACUUACCGCCUUCAUCUGUUGCUCCACCAACAUUAGCAGCCCCACCAGCAAUUGGAGGAUUUUUUCCGCCAUCUCUAACAGGAGCUCCACCAUCGGUUGCACCACCGUCAAGCAAUAACCAACAAUUGUCAGGACCACCACCAGUUGCUCCAGUAGCCACAUUACCACCACCGGCAGCUGGUCAAUCUUCAUAUCGCCUACAAAAGGGAACACGCCUCUACAAGAGUCCAUUAAGUGCCCAAGAAACUGCUGGUGCUUACGCUCUUAAUCCACCAUCAGUUGUAGGAUAUCCGACAGCAGCUCCAGCGGCAAUAUUCAAUCCCUUUGGACAAGCCACCCACAGCGAGCCCGUUGACGUUGCUCUCUUUGCGGCACCGCCUAAUUCGGAAAAGGAAGCUGAACCAAUUGUAGCACCACCUCCACCACCAGCAGCCACAUCGAUAGUUCAACCAUACAUUGCGCCACCCACAUCGGAAGCCAUAACGCCACAAGUUUUCCAAACAAAGGAGAACCCGCCAGUUUCUUGUUCAGAAACAGAAACAGAGAAAGAAUUCAAACCAUUAGAGAAACAAGAAAUAACUUCAAACUUUUUUGCGCCACAAUCUACUCACGAGAUUUUGGGUGAACCUGUUUUGACUAAUCCUCCGAUUAAGCAAGAAGAACCUAAACCAUUAGAAGAGAAACCAGCUGAAGUUAUCGCUUCUGCUCCGCCUCCUCCGACUUUUGCAGAGGUACCAGCAUUAUUUGUACCUGUGCCAAGUGAAAGUGUCGACACAGCUGCUCUGUAUCCGCCAUUAGCAACAUCAACUGCUUUACCCAAUCCACCAGUAGCCAGCGGUGAUUUCUUUAGCGGCGGCGACGGCGGCAGUGCUAAUCUAAGCACAGCAACUACAGAAACAUUUUUCAAUCCCUUCACACAUAGCGUAACAACACCAACUGUUCAACCAAGUGGACAGGAUCUAGUGCCACCUCCCUUAGGAUUUGUAGAACCGACUGGAACAACAAAAACAGUCGAUUUUCCUCCUCCAGCUAUAUCGCCACUUCAGAGUUUCUUUGCUCCUGCUUCAGAAGCAACUGCAGAAGAUUUCAAUUUCUUUGCGACAACUAGUCAGGUGAAUAGCAAUCAAUUUCCUGAUUUACCGCCACAACAAGGCAUAGCACCACCGCCUCUUAGUCAAGAAGCACCACCAACAGCAGCAGCAGUAGCAGCGCCUGUGACAGAGAUCAAUUCCUUCUCUGUACCGCCUGCUCUUGGAUUCGAUCAAUUGGUUAGCCAGUCUCAGCAAGCAGUGGCAGAACAAUCUUCCACUACAAUCGACAGUUCAUAUCAAAAUUCAGGUGUCAAUUCGUUUGCCGGCUUUUUUGGUAAUUCCUCUGAAUCCAAUUCAACAGAAGCGCCACCUUUAGUAGCUGCCGCGGCAUCUGCCGAUUCGGCCAACUUCUUUGAUCAAGUGCCCACAGCCGCAGCUGUCAACGCCGCUGCUGUCAACGAGGAUCAACGCAUUCAGAAUUUUUUCAAUAAUCCUCCCCUGCAGGAUCAGCCAGCUGGUCCCGGUGAGCUAAAAUACGAUAUUGUACACAGCGGCUUGGCGGUUAAGCAAUCGCAAGAACGCUCUCAGACACCAGUAUCGAAUCUGGUAGAGCCUCCCUCAUCAGCUUGCUCUGAACUUUCAAUCGCCCAACGUCCAUCCAUUGCAACAGAUCAAUCAGGCGAGGAUUUGCUACAAUUGCAUCACGCCGAUUUACCCGAAGAGAUUUUAAAAGAACUCAGAAUGGCCACCGAAAAGAAUGCUGGACAAGCACCUCUCUGUCCACCAGUUGCCAUAAUUUAUUCACCCGUUGUAUUCCAUUGGUUCUAUAAACGAAAUGUGGACACAAAAUCCGUAUGGUUACCAUUUAGUCACUAUGAUUCAGCACUCCUGGAGACCAGCUUAAAUAAUGAUGACUCCACUCUGAUAGUGCCUGUGGAGGGCGGUCGCUAUGAUGUCAAUAUUAAAGAGCGCAUCAAAACUCCCGUCUUCUGGGAGGGCAAAGGUGUUGAAGUGCGUCGUUGCUCUUGGUUCUAUAAGGGUUCCGAUUCAAAGUAUAUACCCUAUACCGAAGACAUAGCCGCUUUGCUGGAAACCGAAUAUAGGCGAGCAGCCGAAACAGGAGAAUGGCGUCAGAAGAUAUUGCUCACUGGUGGCGAACAAGUUGUCUUCCAUGGUCCGACAGUUAUAGUGCAUUUCUUGCCCCAACAGAAUGCCGACUCGUGGGGCGCCAGCACACAGAAUACCAUGCGUCCGCGUGUGGUUAAACGAGAUCUUGAUGAUUUUACCAUUGCACAGGGUGAAUCGCAACGUGUCGAUCAUUUACUAUUCAUGGUUCAUGGCAUAGGAUCGGCAUGUGAUUUGAAAAUGCGUUCAGUAGAGGAAGUCGUUGAAGAUUUCCGGAACAUUGCCCAGAAUUUGGUGCAAUCGCAUUACAAAAACUCAACAGAUAUGGGUCUAGUUGGUCGUGUUGAAGUUUUGCCCAUAUCAUGGCAUAGUCAUCUCCAUUCCGAGGAACUCGGCAUUGAUGAGAAAUUGAAAUCAAUAACCUUGGAGUCAAUACCCCGUUUACGCAACUUCACCAAUGACACACUUUUGGAUGUUUUAUUCUAUACCAGUCCAAAGUAUUGUCAGAAGAUCAUGAAUACUGUGGCCGAUGCCCUAAACGAUGUAUAUCUAAAGUAUAGAUCAAGGCAUCCGGAAUUCAAUGGCGGUGUCUCACUAGCCGGACACAGUUUGGGCUCCUUGAUUCUUUUCGAUAUGCUCUGUCACCAGGAGCCUCUAAAGGAAAGCGAAGAAGAAAAUAAGGAGAAUCCGGAUCAACUACCACGUAAAGAGGCGAGUAAGCAAGUUCAACUGCCAUCAAAUGAUUUGUUGCCAAAACAGGUCAGCUACACCAUGGGACCGGCUGGCACUGGGCAACCAGUCAUCAAUUACCCUCAGCUCAUUUUCCAUCCCAAGAAAUUCUUUGCCUUGGGUUCACCAAUUGGCAUGUUUGUCACCAUACGGGGAAUUGAUAAAUUGGGUCUGGAUUUCCGUCUACCCACUUGCCCUGGUUUUUAUAAUAUAUUCCAUCCCUUCGAUCCGGUUGCCUAUCGUAUUGAGGCUUUAGUUAAUCCCGACAUGAAUGGCAUUCGACCCGUUCUUAUACCCCAUCACAAGGGACGCAAACGUAUGCAUCUGGAGCUUAAAGAGACUAUGACCCGAGUGGGUGCCGACAUCAAGCAGAGAUUCAUGGACACAUUUAAAACGACGCUAGAUAGUGUAAAUUUCUUGGCCACUGUCACCAAAGUGAAAAAGGAGGCGGAAGAGACACUAGAAAAGGAAGUGAAUCAUAGUUCCCACGCAUUGUAUCCACAAAAACAAUUGGAAGAUGUGGAUGAAUCUUCAGUAGCUACCACAUCGACAAAGGCGCGACAACGCACCGAUUCUGACUCCACAACGGCCUCAGAUCCAGAAUUCAUCGAGCUCGACUUUCCUUUGGGCAAGCUAAAUGACUCAAAGCGUGUCGACUAUGUGCUGCAGGAGGCUCCUUUAGAACUCAUCAAUGAGUAUAUAUUUGCUUUGAGUAGUCAUGUCUGCUACUGGGGAUCGGAGGACACCAUCUUGUUUGUGAUGAAGGAAAUCUAUGCCGGUUUGGGUAUCAGCACGGAUAGUCAAGUCCCCCAACAGUCCAUGACCAUCGAGCGACCGAGCUCCCGCAAUAAUAGUCUCAGUCAGUCGAUGUUUCCUAUGUGAGUUGCUGAUGUUGCUUUAUACAGAGAUCAACCUACAUCUUUCAACUCUUCCAACACACCAACAACAACAACAAAUACACUAAAAACAUAUUAUUAUCAUAAAUAUUUAGAUAAAUUUUAUUUAGCUAUGUUAUUUGUUAGUCCAAUCAUACAAAGAAUUUUUAAAUUGUGUAACUCGAACUUGGUUAUUGGUAUUAACAAAUUCCAAAAAAAAAAAAAACGUUAAACGAUUGUAAAAAAAAAACCCAAUUCAAUUUUUCUUUUCUUUGUUAUCGAAAAUCAAUUCAACAUACAUAUAUCAAUGCUUAUAUAUAUAUAAAUGAUAUAUACAUAUACAAUUUACCUGCUGUGCUCACCAGAUGUUUGGUGUACACUCUAUUUGUUAUUUUUAUAAUAUAUUCCGUUUAUAUAAAUUGACUUUGUAAUUUUUAUGCUAUAAAAAUGUAUGUUUAACUAAUAUUAUCGAUAAUAAAAUUAACUAAGCAAACACAA